AGUGGUUCAUGUCUAUAACCUCAGUACUUUGAGAGGCUAAGGUAAGAGACUUGCCACUAGUUCAGGGUUGGGCUAGACUACUCCAAAUGAGACGGUUUUGAAAAAAUCAAGACACAGGUCCCAGAGUUGGGCAAGGACUUGGCUGAGGGUUUGCUGGCAACUCACUGAGCCUAGCUCAGGUGCUCUCUCCCCACAGGGCCUCAACUAUGUUGCCCAGGUUGGGCUGUGUGCUGUUCUGCAGCCUUGUGGCAGUACUGCUCAGCUGCCUGCUCUUUCUGAAAGAGCACACACCAGCAGGGAGCUCCAAGGCCCACCAGCACUCAGGGCCCCAGCACAGGCAAUGCCCACCCAACCUAGCAAUCGCUAACGCCUCCCUGUCCCUGCCCAGCCGCCAUCGUCUCUUCUUAACCUAUCGACACUGCCGGAACUUCUCCAUCUUGCUGGAGCCUUCUCAGUGUGCCAGGGACACCUUCCUGCUCCUGAUCAUCAAGUCCCAGCCUGGUCAUAUUGAGCAGCGUGCAGCCAUUAGAAGCACUUGGGGCCGGGCUGGGGGCUGGACUCGAGGCCGGCAGCUGAAGUUGGUGUUCCUCCUGGGGGUGGCAGGACCUGUGCCGCCAGCCCAGCUGCUGGCCUAUGAGAGUUGGCAGUUUGAUGACAUCCUGCAGUGGGACUUUGCUGAGGACUUCUUCAACCUGACACUGAAGGAGCUACAUGUUCAGCGCUGGAUGGCAGCUGCCUGCACACAGGCCCACUUCAUACUAAAGGGAGACGAUGAUGUCUUCAUCCAUGUUCCCAAUGUGCUCGAGUUCCUGGAGGGCUGGGAUCCUGCCCAGGACCUCUUAGUGGGAGAUGUCAUCCACCAGGCCCGGCCUAACAGGAACACCAAAGUCAAGUACUUCAUCCCUUUCUCCAUGUACAGGGCCCGCCACUAUCCACCUUACGCAGGAGGAGGCGGCUAUGUUAUGUCCCAGGCUACCGUAAGGCGCCUUCACACAGCCAUGGAAGAGGCAGAGCUCUUCCCCAUUGAUGAUGUCUUUGUGGGGAUGUGCCUGAAAAAACUGGGGGUGACCCCCACACAUCAUGCUGGCUUCAAGACAUUUGGAAUCCAACAGCCCCUGAACCCCUGGGACCCUUGCCUGUACAGAGGGCUCCUGCUGGUGCAUCGUCUAAGCCCCCUGGAGAUGUGGACCAUGUGGGCACUGGUGACAGACGAGAGGCUCAAGUGUGCAGCUACCCCAAAACCCUAGCCCUGAGCUUUAGUGACUGCUCAUUUCCUACCACAAACUGACAGCACACUUACCCAGCGUGUGCGAAUGAGUGUGUGCUGCCCAAGGUCCCUACGACUCCCACCACCUACGCAGUGAAGGAAGACAUUGCACGAGAGCCCCAAAGACUUUUUU